GGGCGGCGCGCGGGGUCGGAGGGCGGCCGGCGGCGCAGGAUGGCGGCGGCGGCGGCGGCGGCGGCGGGCGCGGGGCUGGCGGGGGCGGCGGGCGGCGCGGGCGGCGGGGCGCGCGAGGGCGCGCGGGUGGCGGCGCUGUGCCUGCUGUGGUACGCGCUGAGCGCCGGCGGCAACGUGGUCAACAAGGUGAUCCUCGGCGCCUUCCCGUUCCCCGUCACCGUGUCGCUCUGCCACAUCCUGGCGCUCGUGGCCGGGCUGCCGCCGCUGCUGCGCGCCUGGCGGGUCCCCCCCGCGCCGCCCGCCGCGCCCCCCGGCGCCCCCGGCCCGCGCCUGCCGCCGCGCUUCUACCCGCGCUACGUGCUGCCGCUCGCCUUCGGCAAGUACUUCGCGUCCGUGUCGGCGCACGUCAGCAUCUGGAAGGUGCCCGUGUCCUACGCGCACACCGUGAAGGCCACGAUGCCGGUGUGGGUGGUGCUGCUGUCCCGGCUCAUCAUGAAGGAGAAGCAGAGCACCAAGGUCUACCUGUCCCUCGUGCCCAUCAUCGGCGGCGUCCUGCUGGCCACGGUCACCGAGCUGUCCUUCGACCUCUGGGGGCUGCUGAGCGCGCUGGCCGCCACCCUGUGCUUCUCGCUGCAGAACAUCUUCUCCAAGAAGGUGCUGCGGGACUCGCGCAUCCACCACCUGCGUCUGCUCAACAUCCUGGGCCGCCACGCCAUCUUCUUCAUGGUACCCACCUGGGUGCUGGUGGACCUGUCCGCCUUCCUGGUCAGCGGCCAGCCGGGCUCACUGGCCCGCUGGCCCUGGACGCUGCUGCUGCUGGCCCUGAGCGGCUUCUGCAACCUGGCGCAGAACGUGGUGGCCUUCAGCAUCCUCAGCCUCGUCAGCCCGCUCAGCUACUCCGUGGCCAACGCCACCAAGCGCAUCCUGGUCAUCGCCGUGUCGCUGCUGCUGCUGCGGAACCCCGUCACCGGCUCCAACGUGCUGGGCAUGCUCACCGCCGUGCUGGGCGUGCUGCUGUACAACAAGAUCAAGUACGACGCCAACCAGCAGGCCCGGAAGCACCUGCUCCCGCUGUCGGCCGGGGACCUGGGCGGGAGGGGGUCUCCGGAGAAGCCACAGAACGGGACGCUGUUCCCCGGUCACGGCGAGUUCCUGCACGGACGCCAGACCCACCCCGGGGCCCACAGCUUCGCCCGCUAUGACGUGUAGCCCCGGGAGGAGCCGGGGACCCGCCCGCCUGCAUCCCCAGAGGAGCCCCGAGUCUCCCCGCCGGCUCCGGAAUGUUCUGGAAGCUCGGGGCCUUCCACAGGGCAGAGUCGCCGCCCAGGGGCCGCCCCGGCAGCACUGUCGGACCCUCUGUGGCGCCCUGCCCUCCCCCCCCAGUACGGGCCCUGGCGGCUGAAGCCCGCCUUUGGGGUCCUGGGACAGAGCUUUCUGGGCGGGGGUCUCUGUAGCUCUGUGUUGGGGGCUGUGCCCUGGUCCCCGCGGGGACCGGCACGGACACGGAGCCCCGAGACUGGGGACGCGGACCCUGGGAUCACCCAGCCCAUUGGGGCUCUGGUGGUCCCUGGGGGGCUUGGUGUCUCGGCAGAGCUGGGCCCUACCCUCCUCUGCCCCUCCCAGCCACCCCCUUCCUGCCUGAGCCCCCCAAGAAGGCUGGACGCCCCCUUCCUACUGCCCAAACCUGACCUUCCAAAGGGACGGCCUGGGGGGGGUCACAGGGCCCCCGUGGACCCCAAGUUCUGGGGUGCCCUCCUCCCGCAGUGAAUGGGUGCACCGGUCUCCCUGUGGGCAGGCAGGCUGAGCCCCCAGAGGAGGGAACCUUCCUCCCUCUGGCCUCUGGGACGACCGUGUGGCCUGACCUGACGCUGGGGUGGGGGGCGCUGGGAACCCCCCUCCUGAAGUCACGGCUGGCGCUGGCGACGUCGUCGGACAGACCCACAGCCCUCACCGGCCCUGGGGCGGGGGGGGGGGGUCAGGGGGUCGAAUCCAGGACCAACACACUGAGCCCCUCCCGCCCGAGAAGGGUUUGGAGUAGCGCCCACCUGCAGACCUGCAGACCCUGACAUUUUAUCCACCUGCAUCUAAAAAGCACUAGGUCGGCCCUGGGGUCCCCCACCCGGAGCACGGGGGGGGGGGGAAUGGCUGCAGGGCCCCUGGUGCCCACUGUCCCCCCCCACAUCAACCAAAAAUAAACACGGGUCCCGGGGACUCGGGACAGCUGCGCAGGGUCUCCCUGUGGCUACCCCCUAAAAGAACAAGGCCAGGAUGUGGGGUGUCAGCUCUGGCUGCCCGCAGGGGAGGGUGGUGCCCAGGAGACCGUGUCGCCUUCCCAGCCUGGUUGAUUUACGGAGACCUCAGUCCCAGGCUUCCUCCAGGGCGCUGGGGGUUGGGCUCGAACUCGGGUCUCUUCCCACACCAGGGCGGCGCCCUGUCCCGUGCUGUGCACCUGACAUCCAGCGGCCUCUGCCUUCUACGCUCCCAGGAGGCACCUGGGGGCUCGGGCCUGCACCCCGCCUGGCCCAGCCCUGUUUUUUAUUUUUUGGGGGGCACAGUGAGCAGAGUCCAGGACCCUCAGGUGGGAGGUCCUGGGCCUGACCCGAUGGUCGUGUCCUGCUGCUCCAGUUCAUUAAAACUUGUUUGCUAGAGACGCAA